AUGACGAGCCAUAGCCACGACAAUGGCGUUGCUCACUCGCACGAUUCUGCUGCAGCAAAUCACGGUCAUACCCACGAGAUCUACAACGGACCAGGAUCUUACCUUAACCGCGAACCCCCAAUCGUAGAAGACCGCGAUUUCAAUGAUCGCGCCUUCACAAUCGGUAUCGGCGGUCCUGUCGGCUCUGGCAAAACAGCUCUGAUGCUCGAGCUAUGUCUAGCCCUCCGCAAUGAGUACAACAUCGCAGCCGUAACGAACGACAUAUUCACACGCGAAGACGCUGAGUUCCUUACAAAGCAUGGCGCCCUGACACCUGAGCGGAUAGUAGCAAUCGAAACAGGCGGGUGCCCACAUGCGGCAGUCAGAGAAGACAUCAGUGCGAACUUGCUGGCGUUACAGGGAUUACAGGCCAAGUUCACCACAGAUCUAUUACUCAUUGAGAGUGGAGGUGACAAUCUGGCAGCGAACUACAGCAGAGAAUUAGCAGACUUCAUCGUCUAUGUCAUUGACGUAGCUGGAGGAGAUAAGGUGCCGAGAAAAGGAGGUCCAGGAAUCACAGGGUCUGACCUGCUUGUGAUAAACAAGUGUGAUCUGGCGCAUGCUGUGGGUGCAGAUGUUGAUAUGAUGGAGAUCGAAGCGAAGAAGAUAAGAGAGGGUGGCCCGGUGGUAAGAGCAGUGAUCAAGAAUGGUAUCGGCGUGAAAGAGACAGUAGAUUUGAUCUUGAGUGCCUGGAAGACAACCGAGGGUCACUGGAUUAGCAGAAAGAGAUGGCAGAAGACUGGUCAGAGGGGUAGUGGUGAGCAGCCGAAGAGUACCAAGUUAAUGUACAAGAGGAAGACUGAGGGCUAG